AUACCCUUUUCCAACCCAGUAAAUUCACGAUUCAACCUUGAAGCAAGCUGAGGUAAUCGAAGAGGUUGACGACAGCACCGGCGCGCGCAGAAAGCAGCUGCUUGGGUGCUUCACGCACCAGAGCUGACAACGAAGCAGAUAAGCACGGCAGCUGCUCUCCGCAGUCCACAGGAACCGGAGUGCUUCGGGGUCGCACUGCCGAGUCUCGGCCGACGGCUGUUCGCCCAUGCCCUGAGCACCGAUCGGCGGUCCGCGUCACCAGGAAACGCAACAGCACGGCCGGCAUGACGGAACAGCAGCAGGUCAAGCAGGUUUCAGCCGCCGGUCCGACUCUGACCGACGCCGACUGGGUCUUCCGACCGCCGCCCUUAUGGAAGAGUCUUGACUUGAGCGAACUCCCCAGGAAAGUCCGGCACUUCGUGGAGGAGCAGCGCCGACUGUGCCAACCCGCCAACGUGUACGUCUGCAACGGGUCCUUCGAGGAGAACGACCUCAUUGUCGCCUUCAUGAUGAAGCUGGGUAUGGCUGUGCAGCUCAAGAAGCACGCCAACUGCUACGUGGUAAGGACCGACCCUCGGGACGUGGCCCGCGUGGAAGGACGCACGUACAUCGCCACCUCCAAGAGGGAGGACACGGCGCCCAUCCCGGCCCCGGGGGCAAAGUCCGUCCUUGGCAACUGGAUCAGUCCCGAGGAGCUGCGCAAAGUCCUCGCCGACCGCAUGCCGGGCUGCAUGAGAGGGCGGACCAUGUUCGUCAUCCCGUUCAGCAUGUGCCCUGUGGACUCUCCGCUGUCGCGACUGGGCAUCGAGGUGACCGACUCGCCGUACGUGGUGGCCAGCAUGCGCAUCAUGACGCACAUGGGUGUCAAGGCCCUGGAGGCCAUCCGCGCGAAGGAUUUCGUCAAGUGCGUCCAUUCCACGGGUCGGCCGCUGCCGCUCACAGAUCCCCUGGUGAGCAACUGGCCUUGCAAUCCGGAAAAGACCAUCAUCUCGCACAUCCCACACGACAACGAGGUGGUCUCGUUCGGCAGCGGCUAUGGCGGUAACUCCCUGCUCGCCAAAAAAUGCUUCGCCCUACGCAUCGGUUCUGUUUUAGGCAAGCGUGAGGGCUGGCUCGCAGAGCACAUGUUGAUCUUGGGGAUCACAUCGCCCAACGGAACCAAAACGUACAUCGUAGGUGCGUUCCCAAGCGCGUGCGGCAAGACCAACCUGGCCAUGAUCACGCCUACGUUGCCGGGCUACAGGGCCGAAUGCGUCGGGGAUGACAUCGCAUGGCUCUACUUCGAUGAAGAGGGAAUCAUGCGUGCCGUCAACCCCGAGAAUGGAUUCUUUGGAGUGGCACCCGGGACGACGAUGAAGACCAACCCCAACGCCAUGAUGACCAUUCAGACCAACACCAUUUUCACCAACGUGGCUGAGACGAGCGACGGCGGUGUCUGGUGGGAGGGCUUGGACCUGCCGCCACCUGAGGUCUCCAUCCUGUCCUGGAAAAGGGAGGCAAACUGGAAGCCCGGAGACAAGUCGAAAACCGCAGCGCACCCGAACGCCCGCUUCUGUGCUCCUGCGGGACAGUGCCCCAUUAUUGACCCGGCUUGGCAGGACCCGAAGGGAGUCCCCAUCUCGGCCAUCAUCUUCGGCGGCAGAAGGCCCGAAGGUGUACCGCUGGUGUUCGAAGCCUUCAACUGGGAGCACGGUGUCUUCCUGGGCGCCUCCAUGAGAUCCGAAGCGACCGCUGCAGCUGAGCACAAAGGCAAAUCAGUGAUGCACGAUCCAUUCGGCAUGCGUCCCUUCUUCGGAUACAACUUUGGCGAAUACCUCAAGCACUGGCUGAGCUUCGCCAAGGAAGGAGGCAACCAGCUGCCCAGAAUCUACCACGUCAACUGGUUCCGCAAGAGUGCCGAAGGAAAGUUUUUGUGGCCCGGCUUCGGCGAGAACUCCCGUGUCCUUGACUGGAUCGUCCGUCGUGUCGACGGCGAAGUCAACAUUGCCAAGGAAACGUUCCUAGGUUACCUGCCCACAGACGACGCCCUCAACUUGGAGGGGCUUCGUGAACAGGUGAACGUGGCCGAGCUCAUGCGAGUGGACCGAGACUUCUGGAGCAAGGAGUGCCAGGCCGUCAGGACCUUCUUCGACGAGCAGGUCGGCCGCUCUUUGCCCGCCGAGAUCGCCGGCCAGUUGACCAAGCUCGAGGAGCGCAUCAAGACGAUGACCUGACACCUCCGGCAACGCUGCGUGUACAACCUUGAAGAACCGCUGCGAGCGGGUCAUGUUGACCAGAGGAUAUGCUCACACAAACGACCGACGUACUGAAGUAAAACGGCUCAAAUAAAUUUUUAUAUAUAUA